AGCAGUCAGUUUCCCCUCCUCUCUGCAGUCUUUCAGUGCUUACAUCUGAAUCCAGGCAGUUACCCAAUCUGAUUGCUAUGUGAGCUUGUUCCUGCCAACCUCUUCAUUUGAAAGGCCUCGGACUAAGGUUAUUAAGGACUGUAAGGAUCCAUUGUGGAAUGAAACCUUCUACUUCAGGAUACAGAAUUGCGUCAAAAAUGUUUUGGAACUGAUGGUUCACGAUGAAGAUAUGUGCCUAAUGGAUCGCCAUCUCCUUACUGUCCUCUUUGAUGUUUCUAAAAUCAACCUUGGAGAAACAGUUUGCCUCACAUUUCCACUGGACCCAAAAAUUCAAGAAGAGCUGGAAGUGGAGUUUAGCCUAGAGAGUAUCCCAGUUCCUUUUGAGCAUAUUGUUACUAAUGGCGUGCUAGUGUCUCGUGAAAUUUCCCGCUUGGAGGUACAGAUAAAUGGAGGAAAGAUGAAGAAGGAAUCAACAGAGAAAAACUUCAUGUUAACUGUUCAAGGAUCCUAUGAAGAAACCAAGAACAUAUCAUUGGACUCCGAGUUGCAUCUUACUGAUUCUGCUGUUUUUCACUACAUCAAAGAUAAACAAUCUGCGCUGGAAAUUGAACUGUCAAAGAAGACAUGUGGUACCAGUUCUAGUAAUGCAGAUGAAAAGGUUUGCCUCACUUUGCCUCUGGAUUCAUUUUCUGUGGAAGAGGAAAUAACUAUAGUCAAGGACAAAACAAUUAAUCUACGUGCACAAGUAAAAGAUUGGCCAAAAGGCCUAGAUGUGCGUUUGGGGUAUGACCUAUGUGUGGAGGAACAAAUGCUUAUCCAGAAACGGAAGAAGAUUGCUGCAGCUACCCUAAAAAAGGUUCUCCACUUAGAGAAGGAAUUGCAGAAUCAUGAGGUGCCAGUGGUGGCUGUUAUGUCAACAGGGGGUGGUGCCAGGGCAUUCACAGCUUUACAUGGCAACCUUUUUGGUCUUCAAAAGCUGGAUCUCUUAAAUUGCAUUUCAUAUAUCACUGGCUCUUCUGGCUCCACAUGGACGUUAUCAAAUCUAUACGAAGAUGUUCACUGGUCACAGAAGGACCUUUCAGGAGCAAUUGCAGAAGCUCGCAAGAACAUGAUCAAAAACAAGAUGAAUCUGUUUUCCUUUGAAAACUUAAAGGAAUACAGCCAAGCUUUGGAGCAGCGACAGAAGGAAGGCUACAAAACAUGUGUUACUGAUUUUUGGGGCCUCAUCAUUGACAAAGCCUUAGGCAAUGGGAACGGCAGCAGCACACUUUCAGGGCAGAAGCAUGCAUUGACUCAUGGUCAGAAUCCUCUGCCUAUUUAUAUGGUUCUCAACACCAAAGACAAGUACAGCCUUGCAGAAUUUAAAGAAUGGAUGGAAUUUACUCCCUUUGAGGUUGGUGUACUAAAAUAUGGGGCCUAUAUUCGUUCUGAGGAUUUUGGAAGCAAAUUCUUUAUGGGUCGGCGGAUGAAGAAGAUUCCAGAAUCUCACAUCUGUUAUAUGAAAGGUAUGUGGAGUAAUGUGUUUUCCUAUAACCUACUGGAUGCCUGGCGUGGUCUGGACACUUCAGAAGAAAGCUGUUUGCACAGAUAUACCCGGGACAAGGUCGUGGAUAUUGAGGAAAGUCCUCCUCAACCACCAACACCACAUGAACUGAAUACUCAGCUGGUUAUCCCUGCCUGUAAGAUUACUAAAGUCCUUCGUGAAAUCAUAACAAAGCGUAUAACAACUUCAGAGUUCUUUAAUUUCCUAAAAGAAUUCCAACUAAACAAUGGGUAUCUAGAUAAUAAGAACUUUGAUUUAUGGAAAGAUACAACACUGGACACUUUUCCUAACCAGUUGACAGAAACAUCGGAAUACCUGUCCCUCGUAGAUACUGCAGCCUAUAUUGACAUCAGCUACCCACCACUCAUGAGGCCAGAGAGAAAAGUGGAUGUCAUUCUGCAUUUAAAUUAUACUUCAGGAUCACAAACAAAGGCUUUAGACGAAGCUUCCAGAUACUUUUCAAAACAAGGGAUUCCAUUUCCCAAAGUAGAUUUGAGUCAUGUUAAGAAUAAGGAUCUAAAGGAGUGCUACAUUUUGGAAGAUGCUGGGAGCUCAACAGCACCCAUUGUGGUUUUUUUCCCUUUAGUAAAUGACACAUUCAGAAAAUAUAAAGCACCAGGUGUAGAACGUAGCCCCUCUGAAAUGAAGGAGGGUGAAGUUGAUGUGAGUAGUCCACAUUCACCGUAUGGAGUACAAUGUUUUAAGUACACAGAAGAUAAUUUUGAUAAACUGGUGAACCUGACAAGCUACAACAUCCAGAAUAAUAAAUACUUGAUCCACCUGGCUUUGCAAAAAGCAUUAGAACGAAAAAGACAACAGACAAAAUAAGCACUAAGCCAAAAACAUCUUUGGGAAAUGGAUGCACAGCUUUUGCAAUAAGGAAAUCAACUAUAUAUGUGAAAAAUGCUUAUGAGACAGCAUAAUUACAUUUUUCACAGAACAAAGUUUUAUCUCUGCUGGCUGCCCCAGUUGAAAAGAAGGUUAUCAGGUUAAAUUGUGAUAUUAGGAGAAAUAUAAAGGUCAUGGUGAAAAUAUAUGGAACGCUUUCCUUUCACAUACAGAUAUAGAAGUAUUUAUUUAAAAUUAACAAAACUGAAAUGUUUUUAAAUGUAAACAAAUAUCUUAAAAGAACAUUAAUAUCCUGGAUAUACUAGAAACAAAAACUCCAGUAGAUCAUGCUUGAGAAUGUACAAAGUGAAUAGUUGUUCAAACUGCUAAGCACAACUCUCCGGGGGCUCUGUUAGGGCCAUGUGUGGGAGGCGGCUGGAAGAAGAAGAGACUGGUCCUGCUUGCUUAGCCAGAUGAGUUCCAGCUGUGUAGCAGUGCCCAAGGCCCCCAACCAAUUAGCAGGGCUGGGAGCAAGGUCCAGGUAUUGGACCUGAGGAAAAGCUCCCUCUCCCUGGUCCAGUCUUGGACUAUAAGUUGGGGCUGACCUGCAAGCUGGGUAGGGACAUAGGAAGCUGCCAUAUACUGAGUCAGACUCAGUCACACUCAUGAAUGCAAACCAUCCUUGUCAAGCCUCAGUGCUUGGAUAACAAUGUUGCUUGACUGAUCUCAAAGACAUAUUCUAAAACUUCCUUCACACAAUAUUUUUCAUACACAGAGAAAAUCUCCAUAUAGCAACAUGUGUGAAGAACUUGUGAGUGUCCAUUUGCCACAAUGAUAUAUGUUAGGAAGCUGAUGUUCUAUUUUUCUGUGGCACAGUUCAAGGCACCCUCCUUGGCACAUUUCAUUUUCUGGUCAGCCAUGUUCAAAUUUCUGCUGCAGCAAUUUCAGGCAUUUUUUCUGCUAUUGGGAAAGAACUGCAAAGCCCUCUUCCUGUCUUGCUUUUCGUCUUGUAUUUCUUCCACUUUCCAGUUCCCCAUCAUCUUGUCCAGACUCCAGAUCUUGGAGAACAGAUGCAGCUGCCUUGGGAUUGUUUUAAUGGAAAGGUGGUAUAUAAACUUAACAAUAAAUAAAAAUAAAUAAAUAAAUCUGUGAUUACUGAGCAAGCUUGCAAGGAAAAGUGAGACAAAACAUAGCUUAGGAAACAAUAGGAUAUGAAUUUGAGAAGAAAGGAAGUGAUUGCCUCUCCUAAAUACACCUUCAGCACCUGUCCAGUUUCCAUUGACAUUUAAUGGUUUAUAAAAGGAAACACAUCACUUUUUGUAAAUGGUACCGCAAGAGAUAUCAUUUAAUUUUUCAUGGGUAUUUAUUAUAUGCCCAUGAUUCAUUCCCUCUCCCAAUAGUGUCCAUAGUGGUCUGCAAGUGUAUCACUAGUGAUCUCCAACUUAAAUUAUAUAUCAGACUGGAAACCAGUCUGAAUUCAUUUCAGCAUAUUUCUCUUUUAAAAAUGGAAGUUAUGUUGUACACAGAGUGUGCUUUCACUUUCAUUUGAAGAUUACCAUUGCAAUAUCUUGUUUGCCCCUUCCCCCCAAAUAAUCUUCUUACUACUAUUGUCUUAGGUAAAUAUUGGCAUGAUACAUUCCACAAAUUUAACAAAAUGUCAUGUUAGGACUAAUCCCAAGGAAACACGUGAAAUCCUUGCCCUAUGUGGAACUUUCCCCUCCUUCCCUAUGCCCCAAAUAUCCCCCUCCCUCCUGGGGUUGGAUUAUCCAUUGGGCACAAAUAGGCACAGUGCCUAGGGCCUACAGAGCUCCCAAAAGUAUACAAGAAAGUUCUAGCUCACCCACCCCCAAAUUUCACCUGACACAAAAAAUGAGAAAAGAAAACUGCUAAAUCAAACUUAAUAAUUUCUUUAAUUGAAUUACUUUAACAGCAUAACAAAAUAGUACAAAGUAUAGUGUGGAUAACGGAAUUAAGUUUAAUUAAAUUAGCUCUGACUUAAGUAAAUGCAAAUUUGACUUAAGUAAAUGCAACUUUAACUUUGUGGCUCCUUUUGUUAGCAAAAUCAUGGACUACACCUUCCAAUUUCAAUUUUUGCCAAAUCUCAUUCUCAGUUGAGAGUAGUGCAAGUGAAGAUAGUCUUUUCUAUCACUUGGUUGACCUAAGACAGUUCUUUAUAUGUUUCAGCUUUGAAAAAGAGUGCUGCUCUUCACAGCUUUUUCUAAAAGUGGCAAGAUGCAUCCUAAAAGCAAUGUUAACGUUUGGAAAACUUGUCACCAUACUCUUUCCACUAGUGGAGUAGAUAUGUGGCAAAAAAUAAACUGAAUCCUGCAUUUUGGUCUACAAAGCAUGUCAUUUGGCAGAAAUGUCAGAUAUGUGUGGUUUUAGGAAAUAAAGGUGGGAACCCCAAAACUUCAGUAUGGCACCUAAAAAGCCAGCGUGGUGUAGUGGUUAGAGUGCUGGACUAGGACCGGGGAGACCCGAGUUCAAAUCCCCAUUCAGCCAUGAAACUAGCUGGGUGACUCUGGGCCAGUCACUUCUCUCUCAGCCUAACUUACUUCAUAGGGUUGUUGUGAAAGAGAAACUCAAGUAUGUAGUACACCGCUCUGGGCUCCUUGAAGGAAGAGCAGGAUAUAAAUGCAAAAUAAUAAUAAUAAUAAAUAAAUAAUAUGGUGUCAUAAUAUCCAAAUAGAUCUUUAUUAUGGUCUUUGACCAGCAUAAAGUAGGUUACAAUGAAGUGUCUUUAAAAUGGCACAAAAAGGCAUACAAAUCGUGAUUAAAGUCUUAAACUCCUUAAAUAUCUAAAUCCUAAAAUAUUAAAAUCCCUAAGGCUUAAAAGCUCAAAAUCUUGAAAUCCUCAAAUCUUAGAGUCUAUAAAGCUCUAGGGGGAGUCAGACUGUCAACAGGGGUUGGGAAGGAUGGAGAGAGCGAUAUGGCUGGGCUAGUAGCCAAUUAUACCUCCUCCUCUGCUACCACAGGAAGAAGAGUGUCUUGCCUAACAAGGCGAGCCCCCCACCCCACCCCCCGCUUCUACCUCAGCUGCCACAUGCAGCUGUGCUGCAGGACCAGGCUUCUAUGGAUAGGUGAGAACUGUUCAGCACCACAGCAGCGGGGUGACUGGGGGAGUAAGCUCCUCUCACUGUCACCCAUGGUGACCAGCAGCAUUUCCCCUCCCUCAGCCUGGCAAUCUGCUUCUGGCCCUGGCUCGCACCCUCUCAGAUAUUUUGGGGGUUUUAAAAUUUUAAGCCCUAACUGGUGGCGGCGGCAGGGAGAAGAAGCACCUUUAAGGGAGUAAGAGGUCAAGGGUGGUCUAUUUAUGCUCUGUGCACCACACACAGCAAGUCACCUUAAGUGGCACAGCAGGGAAAUGCUUGACUAACAAGCAGAAGGUUGCCGGUUCAAAUCCCUGCUGGUACUCUAUCGUGCAGCAGCAAUAUAGGAAGAUGCUGAAAGGCAUCCUCCCAUACUGCGUGGGAGGAGGCAAUGGUAAAUCCCUCCUGUAUUCUACCAAAGAAAACCACAGGGCUCUGUGGGCGCUAGGAGUUGAAAUCGACUUUGACGACACACUUUACUUUUUACCAUACACCGCGCUUUCUAUAGCUCUGUAGUGCACACAAAGAAACUAGAAGCAUUAAAUCCCCCCCCCAAUAAAGAAGCAGGGUUUAUUGGGGGGUUGGGUUCUUUUUUCAUUGUUAGGGGACCAGCAACAAUGGGGCAAGUUAGUCUAAGAGAAGACAAAGGGUAGGGGAUUUUUGUUGCCUCUCUAACCCAAACCCACCCCUCCUGUCCUACAGUACUGCCACUACCCACCUAAUCCCCCUUCCCCAAACUAGGUUCUAUUUAAAGAACUCUAAUAACCUGAUCAAGGUGGCGGGGGGGGGACACCUCUCACCUUCUGGCAUCCAGCUGGGGGCUUCUACUCCAGCGUGUUCAGUUGGAGUCUGCCAAGCUUUGUUCUCUUUGUUUUCUCUCUGGGCUGACUCAAACAGGGGAGUGUUGUGCCCCCAGGGGGUCCAGGGAUCAGGGCCUUUGGGAUUUGAGCCAAACUCUAGGCCAGUUUCUGGGCUUGCCAGGAUUUCUCUAAUAAAGGAUGUAAUGGACUACUCAACAUACGGUUGACCAAAUAUGCUUUUAUUGGAAUUGUAGUUUUCAUAGUUGAAAGAAGAUGUAUUUGGCUAAUGAACUAAUAUGCCAUUGAUGUAUCAGUAUGCCAUUGUAUUGCUUUCCAGUGAUUGUAUUAACAGAAUAGAAUUGCCUUUGCUUUACAUGCAUAGCAUUUGCUUCACAUAUGCCUUUGUAAUUGCUUUACACACUAUGCUUUGAUACACAGCAUUAUAAAUUAG